AUCAAGAAGUCCCAGGCUCUAGGGUUUCUGCCACACGUAACAGAAUUUCUGACCAUCGUCAUUUACGACAUUCGCUAUCUGCGACGAGCCUGAGCCUCUUGCGAUGUGAGAGCACUAAGCAGACUCGCAGAGAACAGCUUCCCCUCCCCACUCAAGCCAUGUAGUCAGCCACUCCGAGUACCUCUUUCCUUCUCCCGAGUCCUCAGAGGGGCGGGCCCGGGUCGGUGGGCUGACCCGGGAUUGUUCUGCCCUAGGUUCGCGUACCCCGCCGCAGUAAAUGACGACCGGCCGAGGAGGCGCAAAGGUUGUGGGUGUGGGAAAAGAUCUACGAUUGUUUCUCCCCCCUGGUGCUCCACAUGAAGUAGAAGAAGCCUCUCCCACGCAGCCGUUGCCUUCAAAAAUGGCCGAUAACCCUGCUCACGCGCUGCUUCAGAGUUGUGGAUCUCCUUCCAGCCACCCGAUUUUUUACAAAGUUCAUGAUGCGCUAUCCGUGCUCUCCGGAUACUUGUCAAUGUAUAUCCUCACUCAGGCCUCGUCAAGGAGAUCUGCGUCGGGGCAACAAACGCGACGACGUCGGCGGAGAUUAAGGAAGGCCCCUCCUACAGGGUUCUCCGGGGGUAGGGCGGCACGGCGGGAAGUGACAGCUGUCGGCGAGAGCUUUGACGUCGGACGCCUGCAGAUGGUUUGCAACCCGACAAUAGCGGUUUCUGUGCUUCCGUACUCUGUACCUAGAGAGAGAGAGGGCGGGAAUGUCGUGUAGCUGUGGCAGACCGUGACUGAAACACACUGAUGGCGCUGUUCAACAUGAGAGGUCGUCUUGUUUCGUUUUCUUUGUGGACGUCAUCUGCCAUAGGCCAAGCGAGGUGACAGGCGUGUAAGUUGAACCGUGUCGAUGGAUCAUCAGGAAGCCUACCUAGAAUUAGAACCAGGACUUUCGGUAGUCGCAAUC